AUGACUACUGCCUACCAGGAUGGCUUAAGUGCUAGUGGCACGUGCCGUCAGGGUGCGACCACUUCCACCGCCACAGUAGGCGGCGAUUUUGAGAAAAAAAGGAAAACGGAUUUGAACUCCUCUCCUCUAUCCCAUACAUUAUCUUCACAACUGGCAUCUUCCACUAGUACACUUUUAUUUUAUCCUUUUGAUAUGCUUCGAGUGCGAUUUAUGUCACAGGACGGCACGAUUCAGCGACAACACAAUGGACAAACAUAUCACUCCAUCAGAAAGGCGUUCGCCACUAUAUACCAUGAGGAGGGGCCACGCGCUCUAUUCCGGGGUUGCCAUGUGGCUGUUUUAGGUUCUGCAGCCGCCUGGGGAGUAUACAUGUACACCUAUCGUUCGCUUUGUUGUUCGGGAGAUGUAUGCUCUUUUUUAGGCCGGGCUGGCGUUUCUUUUUUGGCAAGCCUUUUGUCAACUGCCCUUACCUCACCAAUUUGGUUAAUUAAGACGCGGAUGCAGAUUGAGGAUGCAACGAAGUCAAGGAAUUACGUGACGUUUGGAAGCGGAUUCCGUCACGUACUGCGAACUACGGGGUUUUGCUCAUUGUGGCGCGGGUUGUCGCUGCAAAUGACGCUUAUCCUUCCUAACGCACUGAACUACCCCAUGUACGACUUCUUCAAGGGAAUGAUGCUGCAGGCCCGUUCGCAGUCGACUGUAAAAGGGGGAGAGUUGAGCGUCUCUGAAACUCUUGUGUGCUCUACGCUAACCAAGCUGCUCUUUGUGUUGUUGUCGCAUCCUAUCAUGUUUUUGAAGGUCCGUCUGCAGGAUCAACGCUGGAACAUGGGCGAGGUGAAAUACACCAAUGUCCGCCACUCCUUACUCCUUAUCUUGAAGCGUGAGGGAAUACACGGCAUGUUUCGGGGCUUGAACUCUUCGUUGAUUCACUCUUUUCCUCGUGGUGUUACGCACUACCUGCUGUACGAAAAAGCGUUAGGGGUUAUCAAUGCGUACGUAUGA